AUGCUAUGCGGAAACUAUGAGAUAACGAUAAAUCAUCCGCAAUUAGAUAUUAACCAGUAUCCGUUGCCCAAACCAGAUCAGUUCCACAUGUUAAACGAUGGACAAAAGUUUUCAAAAUCGGACCUGUCAGAAGCAUAUAUGCAGGUCGAUAUAAUCGGACAGCUCUUGGAAGCAUCCGCACCAGCUAUUUUCCAUAACGAAAACAACGCUGGCUGGAAUAGAGAGGAUAAUAUAACGGUCAUCGGACCAGAUGACAAAACCCACGUCGAAAGACUAGAAAAGAUCUUACAAAGAUUGAAAGCAGCGGGAUUUCGCUUGAAGCGAAGCAAAUCCGAGUUUUUAAAGGCACAGAUGGAAUUUUUGGGCCCCUGUGGAUACCCAAGAUAA